AUGCAAUCAAACAGGUCGAAUAUCACUCUCUCCCUCGACCAGCGCGUGGAGACUUGUACGCGCCAUUAUGAUGCCGAGUACCGAAGCCGUUUGCGCAUCGCUGACAAGGCCGAGGCCGCUUCGUGGUUCCUCGCCGAGCGUAUCAUGGAUCGACAUUUUGCGCGUAGGGCUUUCGUAAUUGAUCGUAUCAAGGAGGACCGAGACGGAGACGAGGACGAGUCCGCCGCGAUGGCCUCAUGGAAGGAGUCGCUCAGCAAUGUGGAUCAAGAGCUCAAGGCCGUGAUGCAGCCUGACCUGAGCAAUACCGGGAGCUUUAUCGAGAUCAAUUGGCAACCACGCAAGGGGAUAUGGAACUUUUGGAACCGUGAAAAUUGCGGCCCUGGAGAUAGGAUGUCCUCUUGCCGCUUCGGGUUCGAAGCUUUCGGAGACAGAUUUGAGGAGAUGAGGGAUGCUAUCGAAGUGUUUUACAACCAUUUCGUUCCAGGUGGCAUACUCGAUCGACGGGUAGAUCAGGCUCGGGCGGCUCGACUCGUAGCCUUGUAA